AUGGAUAUUCUGACUGCACGACGUCCGGAUAUCAAAUACAACCAGAACUCAUCUUCACUAAGUUAUUCUACCUUGCCAGACCUGAUCUCCAGAUCUAAGAGCAUGACGUUCUCUAACUACAUUGGCUUGGAGACCAUCUACAUAUUUUGCACAAACUCGUCUCCCAUCCAGCACAACUGGGCUUGGAGUUCACUCUGCUGUCAACUUCUCUGGUGGUCUGACAGGUCUACAAGAGUUAGAGUCUCUGAAAGUUCCGGCAAUUUAUUCUGCUGCCCAGGCUGCUCUUUACAGCAGGCACACCCCGGCUGA